AUGAAUGAAGAUAUGAAAAAGCUAUUUGAUAAACUUCCUGAAGGCAUAAUUCUUUUUAAUAACUAAUCGCAAUCUAUUUCGCUAAUAAAUGAAGAAUAUAAGAGGCUUUUUAACAUAAGAUAGCCAGUAGAAGGAAGUGACAAUGACUCAGUAUCUUUGUAGAUAUCAUCUGACUGCCUCAAUGAAAAAGUGCUUCAACUAUUUCUAAGUGAAAAUGGCAGUUAAAAAAAUUUGUUAGCCAGUUUAUAUUCAGUCAAAGAGGGAUCAGUUUUAAGCAAUGAAGACACGAACCUGACAUUUUAAUUAAGAUUAGGCAAUCAAAAUGAAUCUAACCAAAUCUAAUCUACCACAAAUCAAACUUUGAUAGUAAGUCUAUCAUCUUGCGAGAUUCUAUUCUAGAACAUUGUUCAUCAAAUGAUUAUGGUUAAGGACUUAACUCCUGAAAUAAAAUGCCAGAAACUUAAGAUAGAAAACCAUUUUUAUGAAAUGCUAACAGCUACAGUCUCGCAUGAUCUCAGGACACCUCUGAAUAUAAUGGGAGGAUUGCUAAGCAAUCUAGAUAACUACAUUACAGAUUCGACAGGCAAAAGAUUUUUAGGAAUAUUAAAAAAUUCAUCAAAGUUUAUGUGCUUCCUUGUUAAUGAUUUACUAGACUUUUUCUAGAUUAAGAAUGGGAAAUUUAAGAAAAAUCAAUAAUGGGUAGACUUGAAAUCUUCAAUUGAAGAAUUAGUAGAAAUUUUCAAGAUUGGGGCUAAUGAAAAAGGUAUAGACAUUAUUACCAAGAUCGAUCAAGAUUUUCCAGAUUAGGUAUACGCAGAUGAAUAGAGAAUUAAACAAGUCAUCUUGAACCUGCUUUCAAAUUCAUUGAAAUUUACUUUUUAAGGUCAUAUUAUGAUUGAAGUUAGCUACAACUUCAAAUCCUAGUAAUUGAAUAUCAGUGUAGCUGAUACCGGCAUAGGGAUCAAAUCUGAAGAUUCCUAAAAACUCUUCACUCUCUUUGGAAAACUAGAUGCUACUUCUAAAAUAAACACAAGCGGAAUAGGGUUAGGAUUAAGCAUUUGCAAGAAAAUUAUUGAGAUGUUUGAUGGAAGUAUUUAACUUGAUGAAAGCUAUAUUCACGGUUGCAAAUUCUAAUUUUCUUUAAAUGCCCCGAUUAUAGUUAACGAUUAAAAUAACUACUACUUAGAGAUAAAUUAAAAUUUCCAAUCAACAUCAUUGAAUAAGACAUUUGAAAACUCAAGUUUCAUGAAAUAUGAUGAAGAAUCUAAACUUGCUGUGGAACAUGAUAAGGAAUGCUGUGAUUUCUAAUCAAGUUAAACUUAAACUAUUGAUUUCGUUGAUGAUGAAAUAAAGAUGCCAAUUCAACAUUAACCAAUUUUCAUGAAAAAUGAAGUUUAAAAGAAGUACUGCUCUUGUUCAACUUUUAAAGAUAUUCUCAUUGUCGAUGAUAACAUCUUCAAUCUUGUUACAUUAGAAGCAAUAUUACAAUUACAGUUAAAACUCUAGGUGGAUAAGGCUACGAAUGGGCUAGAAGCUGUAACAAAAGUAAAACAGAGAUAUCAGGACAGUGCUAACAUAAAGUGCUCUUGUAAUAGAUAAAAUGGUUAUAAAUUGAUUUUCAUGGAUUGUAACAUGCCUGUAAUGGAUGGAUUUCAGGCCACUUAAUAAAUAAGGGAUUUUGAAAAAUAACUUGAUUUGAAUAUACCUAGAAGUUAUAUUACAGCCUUGACAGCAUACACAUCAGAUGCAUUUCAAUAAAAGUGUCUUGACUUUGGCAUGGAUAGCUUUUUAACUAAGCCUAUUGGUUUUGACUUAUUAAGAAAAAUAGUCAAGGACUAAAUAUGA